UGCCGUUGUUUGAAAUUCACUCACCUAGAAAAUAUGAAAUGUGCCUGAGGAUUGGUGGGGCUAGGUGUGAUAAAAGCACUGCGGAACCUGCAUGAAACGUGCCGUGAUGUGAGAGGUGCUACUGACACAAGACCAAUAUCAGUGAAGAGCCACAAAACAUCCCGGCCGUGACGUAAUUUACACGAGACGGAAGUGAAAUUGUAGUCGUCCUGGUUCAUCCUGGUAGUGACAUGACAAAUCAAACUGCAUUCUGAAAAACGUAAAACAAGCCCAGCGCCAAAACAGCUCAUCUUUUGGGGAAGUCUCCACCACAAACAGAAAGGAUGCAUGGCAGAGUGAAAAUUAAAUCUACAGCACAGCAGGAGGAGGAGAAGAGAAAGGAGCGGGAGAAGAAGCUGAAGAUAUAUGUGGCUGCACGAGAUGCCUGUUUUUCUAAGAGAAAGGAGGGUAUUUGGGAUGAUGAAGCUCUCCAGCUGACCCAGCAGCUACUAUCAUCCAAUCCAGACUUUGCAACACUCUGGAACUACAGAAGAGAGAUCCUAAUGCACCUGGAGACUGAGAAGGACAAGGAUGAAGUACAAAAGGUUUAUGUGGCCGAGUUGUCAUUUCUGGAGUCUUGCCUGAAGGUGAACCCAAAGUCCUACGGCAGCUGGCACCACAGAGGUUGGGUCUCAGCCCGCAUGCCUCAGCCAGACUGGGCCAGAGAGCUGAGCCUGUGUGAUCGCUGCCUCAGCCUGGAUGACCGUAAUUUCCAUUGCUGGGAUUAUCGCCGGAUGGUUGUGAAGAUGUCUGGUGUUGCUGUGGAUCAGGAGUUGGGGUUUACUGAUCGUCUAAUUGGCUCCAACUUCUCCAACUACUCCAGCUGGCACUAUCGCAGCACCUUAUUGCCACUGCUCCAUCCAGAGUCUCCUGAGCCCCCGUCACCGUGCCGCAAGCUUCCCCAGUCCUCCCCUCCGCCUUCUCCACAAACGCACGCUCAUCGCGUCUGCGAGGAGCAACUCCUCAAAGAAUAUGAACUUGUUCAAAAUGCUUUCUUCACUGACCCCAACGACCAAAGUGCUUGGUUCUACUACCGCUGGUUGCUAGGCAGAGCGGAACGUGAGGAGAUGAUAAGCUGUGUGUAUGUCAGUCGGGUUGAAGAGAGAGUGGCCGUUGCCUUCUCGAGGCCCGUUAAUGCACAGUCUGUCGGCCUGCUGCUGGUGCUCGAUGGUCAGCCUCAGAGAGUGGAGUGGAGGAGUGUCCACCCACGCUUUAAACACAGCCCCGUCUGGACCUGCAAUCUCCCUCCUGGAACGAUAAGCGACAUCACAAAUGAACACAAUCUGACUGUGCACUGGACUGAAAAACACACUCACAGAGACUGUGCUCUGUACACAGGUCGGACUGAGAGCUGGUGUCGGGAUUCUGCCACCGAUCAGGAACUAUUCAGGAGUGAGCUCUCAGUAGAGAAGACGUCAGUGUUGCAGUCUGAGCUCCAGUCAUGUAACCAGCUACAAGAACUGGAGCCGCUCAAUAAGUGGUGCUUACUGACCAUCAUCCUCCUGAUGAGGGCACUAGACCCUCUGGGAUAUGAAAAGGAGACGCUUGCUCAUUUCCAAACACUCAAAGAAGUGGAUUCCAUGCGCUCUGCAUAUUACAGUGACUUGUGCAGCAAGUUUAUGAUUGAAAACACAAUCCUGAAAAUGGAGUAUGCUGAAGUGCGCGUCUUCAGUAUUUCUGACAAGAACCUGACCACCUUGUGCCACCUGGACCAGCUGUUAUUGGUUACUCACAUCAAUCUGUCUUCCAAUCAGCUACAGCGGCUGCCUCCUCAGUUUGCCAUGCUCCAGUGCCUGGAGGUCUUGGAGGCUGAUAACAACUCCAUAGAAAACCUUGAAGGAGUGUAUCACCUGCCGAAACUGGAGGAAGUCCUCUUGAAAAAUAACAAAAUCUCUACAUUGGCAGAUCUUCAGCCAUUGGCCUCCUGCCCUAAGCUGAAGCGCCUUGAUCUCCGUGGAAACCCUGUCACUCAGACAGCCAAUAUAGAGUCAGAGUUGGCCGAGCUGCUGCCCUCAGUCACAGACCUCCUGCUCUGAUCAGGAGUCACUGUCACCGGCAGCCCAUCCUUCAAUUGUCUUUCAACAUCGUCGGGCGUGUUUGUUUGUGAAAGAGCAAGUGGUUAUUUUUCAAGCGUCUUGUGACUCCUUCUGUUCCACUUGUUUGGGAGAACGUCAAUCACAUUAUCCCCCUGAGUGUCUGAAAACCUGAUGCUUCAGAGCACAUGUCAAAAACCUCUAACACCUUCACUGAAAUGUCAAGAUUGUGUGUGUGUGUGUGUGUGUGUGUGUGUGUGUGUAAUAACUAAUGUUACAUUUCUUUAAUUGUGUGUGUGUGUGAAUGUUAAUUAAUUACAACAAACCCAAAUGCAUGCAGAAACACUGAUAAGGAGUAGACUGACUGUAUGGAUGGUGUGCAGCAAUGCUGGCUUAUUGCUUCUAUGAGCUUUAAAACAGUUGAAUUCAAAGAACAGCUUCAAACUAAUAUUCAGAGCAUCUCAUAAUCCUCAUUCACAUUUUUUAAAAGGUCGUGUAAAGUAUUUAAUAUAUGACACUAUACUGUUGCACAGUAAGUCACAGAUCCAGUAAUAAAACAGCACACAUUGUGUCACUGCCUUCCAAAAAGCUUCUUGUGUUUUGCUUUCUGUUGUCAUAGAAAAUGUGCAGGAUUUCAUGAGUAUUUUAAAAGGUGUGCCACGGUCACAGGAUCCUGUCACAGGAUCCAGCUUUUCAUGAAAUUACUGUUGAAUAAUUUCCUUUUUUUCUUGUGAUAGAUUUAACUUUGCAACAUACAAAGCUGAUGUGUGUUUUACUCUGAUGUCAUGGCGAAAGCUGUCGUUUGGGAGUGUCUAAGCAAAACAAAUUGAAAUACCACACCUUUCAGCUUUCAGAGUUUCCUCUGAAGUUUCUCACAAGGGAUUGACUUGAUUGUGAAAUUCAGAUUUCUUACCCAUGGAGAAGGAAUAUUAAAGGUUUACAGCCUUGCUAGCAGUUCUGUGAAGCUGUACCAUCACCAGAUGUUUAGUAAGAGCAGGACUUUGAAGUGAAUACUAACAUCUGUAUGUUAAUACAAGCCUGAUUCUAACAAAGUUGGGAUGCUGUGUAGACCAUGAAUAAAAUAAAUGUAACAAAUGGUAAUAUACUAAUCCUUUUUGAUAAACUUGAUGUGAAAUGCUACAAAGACAAUAUGCUUACCUCAUCUGCUUUAUGGAUUUUUGUUAGUCAAUUAGAUUUUCAAUUAGCACUUUUCAGACAAGUUGGCACAGAUGACCCAAAAAACUUUUAUUGUUCACUGUUAAGACAAACAAGAGUGAUGAAUAAAUGAGAGUGAAGAGUGAA